UCAAUCAUGGCUGAUGACUCUCAGAGAAACUUUCGCUCAGUGUAUUAUGAAAAAGUGGGAUUUCGUGGAGUUGAAGAAAAGAAGUCACUGGAAAUUCUAUUGAAAGAUGACCGGUUGGAUAUUGAGAAGCUUUGCACAUUUAGUCAAAGAUUUCCUCUCCCAUCCAUGUAUCGUAUACUGGUGUGGAAGGUGCUUUUAGGAAUUAUUCCUCCUCACCAUGAAUCUCAUGCUUUGGUGAUGAAGUACCGGAAGGAGCAGUACUGGGAUAUACACCAUGCGCUUCGUGUAAUUCGUUUUAUCAAUGAUUCUACCCCACAGGUAGACGUUUUCCUCCGCAUACAUCAACUGGAAUCAGGAAAAUUGCCUCGAAACUUGGCUUUUCCAUUGGAACCUGAAGAUGAAGUGUUUCUUGCUAUUGCUAAAGCAAUGGAGGAAAUGGUGGAGGAUCCUAUAGAAUGCUAUUGGCUUGUCAGUUGCUUUGUGAAUCAGCUGAACAGCAAGCACAAAGAUUCAUUACAACAACUGCCAAAAAUUCUGGAGCAGUAUUUGAACAUUGAGGAUAGCAGACUCCUGACACAUCUGAAAGCAUGUGCUGCAAUGAGCAAACUCCCUUAUGAUCUUUGGUUUAAAAAGUGUUUUGCAGGCUGUUUACCGGAGUCCAGUUUACAGAGAGUUUGGGACAAAGUUAUUAGUGGUUCCUGCAAGAUUCUCGUUUUUGUUGCUGUGGAGAUAUUAUUAACCUUUAAAAUGAAGAUACUAGCACUGAAUACUGCAGAAAAGAUCACACAGUUUUUGGAAAAUAUUCCUCAAGAUAACACUGAUGCUAUUGUCAGCAAAGCUGUUGAUCUGUGGCGCACACACUGUGGGACUCCAGCACACUCAGUCUGAGAACUUUCUUCGCUUAUGGCAGCUUGGGGGGGAAAAAAAGACCUUUGCAAAGACAUUUUACCACUCUUCCCCCAUCCUGAUGUGAUGUUCUUCAUUUCCUCUUCUAUGUAAAGAUGCUAUUAAAGCAGCUAAUAGUAUAGUGAUCAAUAUGUAAAUAUUUUUCAGUAAAUACAGAUGGAAC